AUGUGCGAUAGUGUGCAAUGAAAUUUUUCAACACUGACGGCAAGCAGUUCAAGGGAAAAGUUUCAAUUAUUUUAAAAUCGAAUUAUAUCUGUAAUAUCGCCUCUAAAUAGCUAAAAAUUAUUAAAAACUUUAAUGGAGUAUUGUGUGUAUUGAAUGAGUAUUGGUUAAAAAGGUUUAUUCAGCUUUUUUGCUGUGCCAAAAGCAAUGUAACUGCGUAGAGUGUUGUUUUUCACAUUCACUAAUUGUGCCAAGUGGAAGAAAAAUCUCCAGUGAAGAAGAUAACAAAGAACAUAGCAGCCCCAGUUUGAAGCUGCAAUUGCAAAAGUGUAUUCGUUUAAAUUAACUAAUUUCGCAAUGGACGACGCCUCGCAAAGUUCAGCAACUACACCGAUGGCGGCUCGAGAGAACAUUCCAUUGAUUAAUAGACCCAGACGACGUUGGUAUUUAUUCAGCUGUUGGCGCAAAUGGUUUUCACCACGUGAACUACGCGCCCGUACUGUCCAUUUGGGCCGUGCGACAACAGAAAAAUUCCCACCGAACGAGAUACGCAAUCAAAAAUACAAUGUGAUCACGUUCCUGCCGCUCGUAUUAUUCGAGCAAUUUCGUUUCUUUUUAAAUCUCUACUUCCUACUCAUGGCACUGUCACAAUUUAUACCCGACAUACGUAUCGGUUAUCCGUACACCUAUUGGGGACCACUCAGUUUUGUCUUAAUGGUGACAAUUGGACGUGAAGCAGUUGAUGAUUUGCGCCGACAUCAACGUGAUCAUGAGGUGAAUUCACAGAAAUACAAGAGGCUAACGGUAAAUGAGACACCAGGCUAUGAAAUGGUGCCGUCGUCGAAACUCAAAGUGGGCGAUAUAAUAAUUGUGGAGAAGAACGAACGUGUGCCGGCCGAUUUAGUGUUGCUACGCACAAGUGACAAGAGCGGUUCUGUAUUCGUGCGCACCGAUCAAUUGGAUGGUGAAACUGAUUGGAAAUUGCGCUUAGCAGUGCCGCUCACCCAAAAGUUGAAUAAGGAUGCGGAUUUGUUUAACAUCGAUGCCAGUGUUUAUAUUGAGAAACCACAAAAUGAUAUACACUCCUUUAUCGGCACAUUUUCAAUGCACGAUGGUGGUGAUGAGACUGGUCUAAAUGUGGAAAAUACAUUAUGGGCGAACACUGUGGUCGCAGCCGGCACAGCCACUGGCAUUGUGAUUUAUACUGGCUGUGAAACACGUAGCGUUAUGAAUAACUCACAGCCUCGCUCGAAAGUCGGUUUGCUUGAUGUAGAGAUUAAUGGUCUAACGAAGGUACUUUUCUGUGCCGUACUCGGGCUAUCGCUUGUCAUGAUGAUGCUCAAGGGCUUCAGCGGUCCCUGGUAUCGUUACAUGUUUCGUUUUGUACUGCUCUUCUCCUACAUCAUACCGAUCAGCUUACGUGUCAAUUUAGAUAUGGGCAAAGCAUUCUAUUCCUGGCAAAUGCAAAACGAUCCCGAAAUACAAGGCACUGUUGUACGUUCAACAACAAUACCAGAAGAGUUGGGUCGUAUAUCGUAUGUGUUGACUGAUAAGACCGGCACGCUGACACAAAAUGAAAUGGUUUUCAAAAAGAUACAUUUGGGCAUUGUAUCACAUGACAACGACACAUUUCAUCACAUCGGUCAGAUAAUGCAAAAUUUAGCGCCCACAAUAUUGUCACAAAGUGCACCAGGUGGCAGUGGCGGUGCAGGUGGCACUAGCGGCACAACUGAUCAACCACAACAACCUAUAGUUAUUACAACCAAACCAAUGUACUCUGGUAAUCGUAUGCGUCAUCCGGAGGGCUGGCGUGAAUGGGAGGCGGUAAAAGCACUAGCACUUUGUCACAAUGUCACACCGAUCACUGAUGAAGAUGAUAAUAAGUCUGUGUCCACAUCAUCGACGUACACCUCAUCGGCAGGUGGCUCCACUUCGCCUACGAAAUCUGUGAUAAACAUCGAAUCGAGCUCUACUGAACAUCAGUAUCAGGCCUCCUCACCAGAUGAGAUCGCUUUGGUUAAGUGGACUGCUGAAGUUGGUUUGACGUUGAUUGCACGCGAUAUUAACUCGAUGACCUUGCAGAUGAAAACGAGAAAAUCCAAGGGAGAAUCGCAAGACGGAAUGCUGCAAUUUCAGAUUCUCCAACUAUUUCCAUUUACCAGCGAAAGCAAACGUAUGGGCAUUAUUGUACGCGAUUCAGGCUCUGGCGAGAUCACUUUCUAUCUCAAGGGCGCCGAUGUGGUCAUGACCUCCAUUGUACAAUACAACGAUUGGUUGAGCGAAGAGUCGGGCAAUAUGGCACGUGAAGGUCUUCGCACUUUAGUGGUCGCUAAGAAAGUGCUCACCGAAGAGCAGUAUAAUGAUUUUGAGACACGUAUUAGCGCAGCACGUCUCAGUGUAACCGAUCGCGUGGCUAAAGUGGCUGCUGUGAUUGAGUCAUUGGAACGUGAGAUGGAGUUGCUGUGUUUGACUGGUGUUGAGGAUCGUCUACAGGAUGGCGUACGCCCCACACUCGAACUGUUGCGCAACGCCGGCGUACGUGUGUGGAUGUUAACGGGUGACAAACUCGAGACAGCCUGUUGUAUUGCCAAAUCUUCGCAGCUGAUCGGUCGCAAUCAGGGUCUGCAUGUUUUGCGUUCGGUUUCGACACGCACAGAAGCUCAUGCUGAACUGAAUAACUUCCGCCGCAAACAAGGACACGCAUUGGUUAUCUCCGGUGAAUCGCUCGAGGUCUGCUUACAAUAUUAUAGACCAGAAUUUCUGGAACUUGCCACUGCUAGUCCGGCGGUUGUAUGUUGCCGUUGCAGUCCCACACAGAAAGCGCAAGUCGUGCAGCUGAUACAGCAUCACACGGGCAAGCGUACGUGCGCGGUGGGUGAUGGUGGUAAUGAUGUAAGCAUGAUUCAACAAGCCGAUGCCGGUGUAGGCAUUGAGGGACGUGAGGGCCGGCAAGCGUCGUUAGCUGGCGAUUUCAGUAUACCACAAUUCUCGCAUAUUGCCAAACUUCUACUCGUGCACGGUCGCCGAUCGUACAAACGUUCAGCGGCACUCUCACAAUUCGUCAUACAUCGCGGUCUAAUUAUAACCACGCUGCAAGCGGUCUUUUCCGCCGUAUUCUAUCUCAGUUCGGUUGCAUUAUAUCAAGGUUUUCUCAUGGUUGGCUAUUCAACGUUAUACACAAUGUUUCCCGUAUUCUCUUUGGUGCUCGAUCAAGAUAUAACAUCGACUACGGCCGUCACCUAUCCAGAGUUGUAUAAGGAUCUAUCGAAGGGACGCAGUUUGAGCUAUAAAACAUUCUUCAUAUGGGUGCUAAUCAGUAUAUAUCAAGGCGGUGUGAUUAUGUAUGGCGCACUCAUACUAUUCGAGGAUGAAUUCAUACAUAUUGUGGCGAUUAGUUUCUCGGCGCUCAUUGUAACCGAAUUGAUAAUGGUCGCGUUGACAGUGCGCACGUGGCAUCGUCUCAUGGUAUUAGCUGAACUCUUCAGUUUGGCCCUCUACUUGAUAUCCUUGGCUGUGCUACAUGAGUAUUUCGAUUGGGAGUUCAUCUGGUCGUAUGAUUUCCUUUGGAAGGUCUCCAUAAUUACACUAGUAUCGUGCUUUCCUUUGUAUAUUAUAAAAUUUUUGCGCAAAAAAUGCUCACCGCCAUCAUAUUUGAAGCUAUCGUAAAUAUGUUCGAAAAAAAGAUAUUUAUAAAAAAAUCAUUUAUUAUUAUUUUUAAGCUUUUUUUUUUUUUUGUGUUAAAAUUUUUCGUAUCUUUGUAACUAUGUUUAUUUAUGCUAAAAAAUAUAUUAGUAAUUUUUACACAAAUACACUACACCACAUUUGUUAAUGAUUUAUUUAUUUUAUUUUUUUCACUUAAUUUUUGUUAUAUACACAAAAAUGUAUGUAAGUAAAUACGCUUUAAGACGACACAUGCUAUUGUACGAACAUUUCGUUUGCCUUUUUCUGGUUUUAUAUUAAGUAUUUUGCUGUAAUUGUUAUGUUUGUCAAAAAAAAAAUAUAUAUAUAUAUAAUAAUAAGAAGCAUUUGAAGAGUCAAAUAUUAUAUAAUAUAAUUACUAGGAAUAUUUUAGUGCAUCUAUUUGUUGGCC